GAACAUGAUUAUUUGCCAGAUGCUACCAACGGUUGCCGCUUGGAUGUUAUCGUUGUUGGCGGCGGCAUGGGGCUUAUUUGCCAGUAUCCAAUGUGCUCUAUCGGGGCACCAUGUUACGGUUAUCGAAGCUGCGAAAGCUUGCCGAGACCGGUGCAGGGAUCCAGGUGACUCCCAACUCUUCGACAUUAUUGAAAAGAUGGGGACUACGAGUCCUUCUGGAGUUCCGCAGCGAGGCCAAAGAGCAAAAUUAUGCCGACAGCUUGAAGAAAAAGUAUGGGUCUGAUACGUUGAAUAUCUCUCGGGUGGAUGUCCAAAAGGGUCUUUAUGAUCGAGCCAAGGACCUCGGGGUGGAGUUUCAUUUCGGCACUAAAGUUGUUGAGAUUGAUAUGGACGAUGGGCGAGUAAAUUCAGCAGCUGGGCAAGAGUUUAAAGGUGACCUUGUCAUCGGUGCGGAUGGGAUAUGGUCGCGUUUGGCGCGGUUCCUGGACCACGUCAAAGUCGUCGAGACGUGGAAGUUGAUGCAUCGACAGGAAGUGGAAACGUGGAUAAACGAUAAAGGAAAUUUUGUUCUCAUUGGUGAUGCCUCCCAUCCAAUGAUCCCCUAUCUAGCCCAAGGAGCCAACUCGGCCAUCGAAGAUGGAGCUACCAUUGGUUUAACCCUCGGCAAGAUAACGUCCAAAUUGCAGCUCCCUCAAGCCUUGCAGAUGUUCCAAGCUAUGCGUAAAGCGCGAGGAGAGGCCAUAGAAUCUAGCCCCUUUGUUUGA